AUGAGUGAAGAGUUCAGUUCUUGGUAUGGAGAUGUUACAAGGAAAUGCGGAUCGCUUGCUAUUGAUCUCGGCUUAUCUACGUUAGCCUUCGAUCAACUGGUGAAAUUGCUAGAACAAGAAAAACACAUCAGCACUAUCCUACUGUUAGUCAGGCUAUAUCUAAAGAACAAAGAUUAUUAUAAUGUCGUCACAUUCUUAGUGAAUGGUAGAGAUAAUGAGAUACUCAGCGAUUAUAGAGUGUGGAAAGCUAUCGCAUUAUCUUAUUUCAAGCUGAACAACGUACAAGAUUCGUUAAAUGCUGUUGACUACGCUCUGAAGCUUAAAUCUGACGAUCAAGAUACCUUGUUGCUGAAGGCGAGGAUAAUGUCUUUCCUUGACGAUAGCUCUUUGAAGACUCAAUAUGAAGCAUUGAUCUCGUCAUAUAGUGAUAAAUCAUCAAAGGAAUAUUAUCAAAUUCUGGUUUGCUAUAUGCAGUACUCUAGAAAUAUUGGCGACAUACCUAAAUGCUUUGAGAUAUUCCAAGCUAUCAGCCAGGAGUUUUCAAGAACUCAAAAGAAGAGAUCAAUAAAUUUCCUGCAAGUAUUCUCAUAUGCGUACCAGUUGUAUGCUUCAACAAUCUAUCUAACAGAAGGUAAUAUAAACGAGGCCGGUAGAAAGAGAAAACGGGGCUAUAACAAUGAUUCUCCUCUCGAAGUUAUAAAUGAGUUUCUAAGCAUAUCAGAACGUAACUACAACUCGUCGUUAUCAAUUCAGCCCUUGAAAAUAUUACAAGGUCAAAUUAGUUUCAUUGAAGGUAUUGAUCUAAGGGAAUCGAUAAAUUACUUGAACCUAGAGCUUCAAAUACUAAAUAACCAUGCUGCUACGCUAUCGGAAGAAGGUGUAUACCACAAAUCAAUACUCAACUACAUGAUUGCAAGAAACAUGUUAAAACUAAACCCGCACGAAAAUGCACAGGUUGCAUACGAAUACUUCCAAAACUCGUUAUCAUUAACACCUAACUUACCUUUCAUAUGGAUUUCUGUGGCGUCAUUAUAUCUGACUUUGGGUCAACUAGAAGAUUCACUGGCUACCUACUCACAAGCAAUAUCCCUAGCUAUGUCUUUUGAGAACGUUUUACCGCCAAAAGAGUUAUCUUACUACAAAAGAUUUGCUGCAGUUGCAUGGCAUGGUAUUUCACAAGUCUAUACUGUAACACUACAACUCACAAAUGCUAUUGAAGCUCUUGAUCAUGCUAUUUCUAUUGUAUAUCAAGAACAUGAUGUUACAACAGAACAAGAACUAACAAGUUUAAGAAAUGAGUAUGUCAAAUUGAAUUCUCAAUCUACACCUCAUCCAAACAUUGUUUACUCGUUACCAGAAGUAUCCAUGAAACUUCUUCUAGAAUACGAAACAUGCAGAGAUUCCUUUCUUUUCCAAAACAUAGAUGAUUUAGAAAUAAUUGAUAAGAAUAAUCUUAACGAUGGUGCAAUUAAGAAUUUUGCAGGACAAGUGACAACUCUUACAACGCAGCCACCAACAGAUCAGUCAACUUUAAGGGUACUUAACACCGCUAACGGAACAAAUAGCAUUGCAUACACCCAAAAACCUCCAGGCUCUGAAGUAUAUACUAGAAAGCAAAGUGUUACGGGUACGCCUUCAUCUGCUCAUGCACAACAAUAUGGGAGAAAUCCUCAGCUGAGUUCCUCUAUGAGCCAAACUCUAAAUGCACCAAUACAGGACGUUAGGACAAUUCAACAGCCUAAUGGGCAGAAUAUUGUGGUUGGAAAUCAGAUUCUCCAACAGCAACAACAACAGCAAUAUACAACAAAACAACCUUUUGUGGUAUUUAAUCAUGCUACCCAAAAGCAAGAGCUGGUGACUCCACAAAUAGUCUCUACAGAAAAUGGUCGUUAUCAACCCCAGCAUGUUUCGAUGAUUCAGGGAUUGCCUCAACCAAAUCCAAAUGCAUACUAUCAAGUAAAUGAUGGAAAUGUAGUUUUAAAACCAAUUCAGUCAAUGAACAACAAUGAGUUUAUCACCAAAGUACUAUGA